ACUUGUGCUUUGUUCACCAACCGAAAAAUUUAAUCCUCUUCCCUUACCUCUCCUGCAAUCCAUUGGUGGUUCCAGGCAAUGCUGAAUAUUUCUGCGUGAGCCGAAGUUGUUAGAAUAUGCAAAACGAAGUCCAGGCAAAUUACAGUUAUCUUUUCCAAUUCACGAGGCGAAUUAUUACGGAGUUUUAAUGUUUAUCAGCCAGGGAUUAAUAACCUAGUUCAGCUUAUUCCAUACCUUCAGAUGGGAAAUCAGUUUGUAGCCCCCCAACCCAAAAAAAUGGCUCGUUGUUUUAGCUUCAUGUACAUGUUCUUCCAAUGAUGCGUAAGUAUGUCUCAGUACCUUGUGGUCGAGGAAAAAGAACACUCGUAGAAUACUGUCUCAACUAACCGUAUUUAGCCUUGACGUGGCUAAUUUGAACUCGAUUUGCGUCAAACUGGGGUAACAUGAUAAUGCGCUUUUUGGAUUUUGCAGUAGUCAUGGAAUUUAAGGCAGUGAAUAAAGGAGUAAUUAUCUUGAGCUGAUGAAGUAUUUCUAUGUUCAUAUCUGUUUGUGCGUCUGACAAGUUUGUAGAUUCAUUGACCCUAGAACGAAUAAUAUGGCUAUACAAGCCUUUGUGGUAAAUCCUGAAUCAAGGAACUUUUUACAAGCCUCUUCUGUUCGUGAUAUGAGCACCUAAAAUUGAUAAAAUCUCAACUACAGCCUCAUAUAAGCCACUUGAGUUAAUUAGUUUUUAACCGGUUUUGUCUUCAUGCCUUGCUUUGUCCAAAAUCUUAAUCAGCCGAUGUCUUGCCAUCGCGAUAGCCUAUAGAUGCCAGGAGAGGAACUUCAAUCAGAUUCCAAGAUAUGAUUUGGUCUUCCGGGAGAUAUAUUGAAGUCUUUGAUCACUGACAUAUGAGCUUGAUGAGUCUGAUUUCAUUGUCGAUUACGCUCUGCUAAAUGUUGAUGUAGUGGAUUUCGUCAUUUUCCCCUUCGGAUUUUCACCUAGCAGUGGACUUUCCGUAUUGCACUAUCAAUUCUGGGAUUUCAACGGGAAAUGCAAUUUAACAAAAGGGCAGAAUGAGCAGCUUCAUUUAUAGCUGCAAUUUUUUCCUUGCAUAAUUCUUUUGGCUGUGCGUGCCCUAAAUUUCAAUUGGUAGGAGCGUCUAGGCACGCAUCAAACUAGAAAAACAUGCUGUCUAACAUUUGUGGUGCACCAUUAGUCCAGUCAGCUAACCGUGCAAUCAGCCAUUCGUCCAUUCCUCUUCUGGGGGGCCAACGAUCAAGCAUAUAUAUAGACACACACAUAUUCCAAGACAGCAAUCAAUCAAUCACCUUCUUUCCACGUUCAAUGAUGCAAGCAGAAGUGAGAGAAUGAAUGCGGAAUCAUGGGGUUUAAAUCUGGAUUGAAAUUCUUUGGAAUCUUAAUAAAGACAAUUCAUUGAUUAUAGGUGACUUAAUCCUGUUUGUUUGGGGAAAAAAUAAUGAUAAGUAUGUUAUGUCAACUAGCUGGGGUUUGGUUGUUUAAAUCUAGAAGCAAAGCAAGCAUAUGAUGCAAGGAGUAGUCUUUUCGUCCAGUUAUGCUGUGCAAACCCAAUUUCUGUGGGAAAGUGUAGGUUCCAACAGUUUUGAGGGAUUUAAGGAACAUAAAAAUGGCAUGCAGUUUAGUUGUUCAAGCUUUUUAUCAACAGCUCUAAGAACUGCGACCUAUAAAAACCGACAUGAGCAUUAACCUCUUUCUACACUCAGAAGAAUGGCUCGCAUCGCGGUUAUUUCAAUACUAAUGUUGGUAGUGGUAAGUGGAUUAGACAUAGAUGAGGCAUCAAGAAAAGUAGUAGCAGAGCCAGGUGAUGUAUAUUCAACGUGUGAGCGUAUAUUUGAAUACUUCAAUUAUUGCUUGGAAUUCCUGGUGGGGGAUCCAGCUUUUGAGAAUCCCCCGAAAAGAUGUUGCAGCCACGUAGAGAAGCUUAACAUAUUAGCACAUCACAGAACAGGUCCUCGCAAGAUUUGCUGGUGCAUUCAGCUCAUGGUGAAGGGGAUUGCACCACCUUUGAUUCCCUACAAAAUUGAUGAUCUCCCUGUCCUUUGCGGUACCCAUCUCAGUUUCCCUAUUUCUGAUAGCAUGGAUUGCUCAACGGUUGGUUGAGGCACAUUAUCUGUACUAUGCACACCGCUGGCUAUAAAGUUAGUUGCAUUUAUGAUAUUAACAAAAGUUGCGACAUAAAACUAUGAUAGUCAUCAAAUCCAAUUUGGAUUAGAAUGUCAAUUUAAAUUGGAUUACCAAACUGCACUUGUAUAACCAAACUAUAAUAUUGGUAGCAGAAUGAGGUAAGUCUCACUGUGUGGACUACCACUUACUGUGGUUAUUAGUUUGUUUUGAU